AUGCCUCCGCAGGCUGGACAAGCGCCCGAGGGGGCACUUGGGGGCUGGCACUUGCUCGCCCACCCUAUCCGAGCUACCCUGCGCUCCGGGGAAUUUCCCUCCCGUCGUCAAGGUCUGGCCGCAUCCAGGAGGGAUCGGCUGGGGGACUUUGGACUCUGGAGGAAGGACCCAGCCCGCUGGAGCUCAUCCCUCCGUGGGGAAGAUGCCCACGGCACGUCCCUCCCAGGGCAGGACCGAACCGUGUGUGUGCGUCCCCCAAGACGGGUUUGCGAGGUGCCCCCCCUGCCCCGCGUAACGGAGGAGCUGGAAAUCAAAGAGGACGGGACAGGAAAUUUCAAGUUUCCACUUCCAGAAGUGGCAGGUGACACCGUGGUGGCGGCAGGGUCAUUUCGGGAGCCCCGGUGCAGAGCGGAGGAUAAACCCAGGAUCGCCCCCGAGGAGGAGGUGAGAGAAGGGGUGAGGCAGUACGAGAGGCAAGGGGAGCUCAGUACAGAAAAGACAAGCAGUCGGAAUGAGAAUAACACUCAGAAAGGAAGAUGCGCCAUAAAUUAUGACACCCAGAGAGGAGUUCUCAGCAUCACCAUAGAGAAGCUCACAGUACAAGACACCGGGGAGUACUGGUGUGCUCUUAAUGAUGACUCUUACUUCUUCCAAAUAAAGGAAGUUAAGCUGGCUGUUUUCAUAGGCUUGAGGAUGGCCAUGGAGCUAAGAGUCCUCCUCCUGCUGCCGCUCUGCUUCCCAGGUCUCCAAGCCCAAACACCUGCUGCCAAGGAGAGACGAUUGGAAGGAAGCACUCUGUAUAUCUGGUGUCCUUACACAGCACAGACUAACUCCCAGCAGCGGAAAGCCUGGUGCCGCAUGAGAGAGAACAGAUGUGAGCCCUUAGUGGAGACGACCAACCCAUCACAAUACCCAUACAAAACCCAUGCCACAAACGGGAAAGUUACAAUAGAGGACAACCCCACGCAUAGGACCGUGUCAAUCACCAUGGCUAACCUCCAGGUAGAGGACUCAGGCACAUACUGCUGUGCUUCCCGUUUCUACAGUAACAGGUAUCUUCCACUAAAGACUAUCUCACUGAAUGUUUUCAAGGAGUUGCACAAGCCGGAGUUGUACAGUCUCUCUGUGCAGUGCCCGUACAGCAUCCUGGGAUACAGCAGAGGGACAAAAGCCUGGUGUCGAAGAGAAGGUCAGACGGGGUAUAAAGUUGUGGUGAGCACAGAUUACAGUUCAACACGGCAUAACAGCAAAGCUAUGGUACACAGAACAUUGAUCCAGGAUGACACCCAGCAGAGGACUGUCACCAUCACCUUGCAGGAGCUGCAGGCCCAGGACACCGGCACGUACUUUUGUGUACUCUACAGAAGCUCUCCUCUCACCCCGAUAAUGGAAGUCAGGCUCUCUGUAUCCAAGAGGUACCUCAGGACACCCCAGCAAGGCAGAGUCACGAUCCAGGAUGACACCCAGCAGGGGAUUGUCACCAUCACCAUGGAGAAGCUGCAGGCACAGGACUCCGGUGUGUACUGCUCAAAUGUAAACAGCUGCAUCCUACUCUCUGGGGUCCUGAGCGUCCUGUUCAUCCUGGCACUUAUCAGCAUGAUAACACUGUGUGUCAGGCGGUGCAAGCAGCUGAAGAAAAGAGGUACCAGACAAGCAGAGAACAUCUAUGACAAACCAGAGGACAUAGCACAGCUUGACAGCACUGAAAGAAUGGAAAGUCCCAAGGAUGACAGCAAAGACCUAAAAUACGUUACCCUGAACUUUAAAUCCCGACUCAGCCUUGAGGAUCCUCUUUACUGCAAUGUUGAACCGAGUCAGACUCACAGGAAACCCAAAGAUGAAAAUGUGGAAUAUGCUAUCAUCGCACUCAAGCAGUUACCGAUGAAUGACAAAGGAUGA